AAUGAUGUACUUCCAGGCCCCAGACACUGGAGAGUGGGACAACUCAUUUUCUGCUAUAAAUUAUUCUGCUGGUACCAACUCUGUGAGCUAGUACAACACUAGAAAAAUUGAGUCUUGCAUCAUUUUCAUCACAAUUCAAUGGCUAAUAGCAAAAGUAUAGUUUUAUCAUCUCAUCAAUCUUUAUCUUCUGCUACUGAUAUUGAGUGCUCCAUAUAUGAUCCUUUUUACAUAAACCCUUCUGAUAGUCUGAACAGUCUUGUUGUGUCCACACAACUCACUGGUGACAACUACAAGGAGUGGAGUGAUGCAAUGAUGAUGGCACUUGCUGUGAAAAACAAGGUGGGAUUUAUAGAUGGAACCAUCAAGCAGCCUAGUGCAGAGGAUGAUCCUGUCGCGUUUUCAUCCUGGAGUCGAGCAGAUCAGAUGGUCUUGUCAUGGUUAGUUAAUUCACUUCAUGAAGAUUUUGUUCUUAGGAAUGUUAAUGCUAAUUCCUCUGCUGAGCUAUGGAAAGAUCUUUUGUAUCGUUUUUCGCCUGAUGAAGGGCUGAGAAUAUUCAACCUGCAGAAGGCCCUUGCAGGUCUUAAGCAAGGCAAUGAUACUGUCACAGUUUAUUAUGAGAAGUUGAAGGAUAUAUGGUAUUAUUCAAGCCUAUAUCUCUUUUUCUCUUCUUGUAGCUGUGAAUCCACUGAAAAUUAUUUCCGCGUACAAAAUUUGAUGCAGUUUCUUGUUGGUCUAAAUGAGACUUAUGAUAAAUUAAGGAGAAAUAUACUUUCUAUGGAACCUCUUCCAUCGGCUGAUGAUGCUUAUAUUCUUGUUUUGAAGGAAGAAAGCCAAAGAGGCCUUUCUGUUCUGUCUAUUGCAUCUGAACAUAGAAACAGUUAUUCUUCAUUGAUCAAGAACUCCCAAAGUUAUUUGUCAGCUCAUAACCUUAUAUCACCUGAUAAGUCUGACCUUCACCUCCACUGUGGUUAUUGCAAAUUAAAUAGUCACACCAUCGACAAAUGUUACAGACUGCACGGAUAUCCUCAGUCCUUGAAGGACCUGUUUACACCUAAUAAGAGAGCAAUGGAGCUUCAACAUAUAAGUCAUGAGCAUCCCUUGACCUUCUCUAAAACGAGCAACGAAGAACUUUUUUGUUCUGGCUGCAGAUUAGCAUUGUCUGGAGGUCCAACAUAUAGCUGUGUCGAAUGCAAUUAUAUCCUUCAUUACUUAUGUGCAAAAGUGCCUCGCAAAAUGCAUGAUGUAGCCCAUAGGAAACACCCCUUAACACUCCUACUUGACACCCCUAAUCACAGUGGCAGGUUUCUUUGUUGUGCUUGUGGUGCUUCUGGUAAGGGAUUUCAUUAUAAUUGUGCUACUUGCCAGUUUUCUCUUGAUGUGCAUUGUGCUUUGAUACCAGAGUCUCUCAAGCACCAGUCUCACUCACACCCUCUCAGCCUCAAAGCUUCGACAUCAUCUAGCCAUUGUGCAGCCUGUGGUGAGCCAAACGAACGGGUCUCGUUUGGUUGUUUGGAUAGCAAAAAGAAGCACAAUUAUGAGCUCCAUGUCUACUGUGUGACUUUGCCUAUCAGCAUCCAACAUAUAGGCCAUGAUCACACACUCAGUUUACGCACUUCUUGUGAGCCAAUUGAGGAGGGGAAAAGUCUUUCAUGUGCAAUAUGCAUGAAAAACAUUAACCAAAAGUUAUGGUAUUAUGGUUGUAAUGUUUGCUACGAAGUCGUUGCUCAUACUAAAUGUGCAGCCUCUAAGGUUCUGUAUGGUACCAAGAAUGGAAUGGUAAGGAAGCAGAUUCUCAACCGCGUCGAGCUGAUGAAGCAAAACAUAUUGGCUGGUAGGAUCGAAGAAUGUGGUCAAUGGUGUCCCCAAAAGUGAUUUUUUUUUUGGAUGAAAUUUGUAUGAAUCUCAUUUGUUACCUUUGUUAUCUGCUUUUAGUAUUAUUGUCUUCUCAGUCAAUGGGGAUUUCUGGACAUCCCUUGUGUUUCUUUGAGUAAUAUAAGAGGCCGUUUGGAAA